AUGGCAAGUAACCCCCCAUCAUCUGGUUCACAGUGGCCACAUCCUGUAUCUGUAUCUAUGGCUCCUCAGAGUUUUAUUCCUCCCUAUCCGAUGCAAGUACCGAUGCAAUUCCGUCCUGCAGGACCGACACCACAAGGACAACAAUAUAUUCCUCCACAAGGUACUCAGCAAUUUCAUCCGGCUGGACAAUCACAAAAUCUUGUCCUGGCUCAGGGUCAAAAUCAACCACCUCAGUUUUCUCAGCCUGUGCAACAAUUUAUGCCACGACCCACACAGCCCGGCCAUUCUGUACAUCCUCAAUCAAGUAUGCCUAUGACAACAGGUGUUCCACAGCCUCAACCCACUGGCCCGAGUCCGGGAGUUUCAUUUUCAUCAUCAUAUACUUAUGCCCCAUCUUCAUUUGGCUUGCAACAGAGUAGCAUCAACAUGCCUUCUCAAUUCCAGCAUUCACCUCAGAUCUCUACACCUCUUGCUCCCACUGGGACACAAUCUUGGUUACACUCAGGUCAGAGUACACCAGUUGUGGCACCAUUGCAGCAAGCAUUUACUUCUAGUGCAACUGUACCCGUUGUUAAUGGUUCUAGUGCUGUGCAGACUGCUGCUGAUUGGCAAGAAUAUGAGGCUACUGAUGGAAGAAGAUACUAUUACAAUAAGAUUACAAAGCAGUCCAGUUGGGAGAAGCCUGCUGAGUUGAUGACUCCAUUGGAGAGAGUAAACGCAUCCUCGGUUUGGAAAGAAUUCACUACGCCGGAGGGAAAAAAGUAUUACUACAACAAGGAGACGAAGCAAUCUAAAUGGACAAUACCAGAUGAGCUGAAGUUGGCUCGUGAGCAGGCUGAAAAGGCUGCUGCUGGUGGAGGUCAAUCAUUAAUGACUGUUAAUGUGCCAACCGCUGCUAGUGGCACCACUUCUGAACAGCCAUCUGUUACAAUUUCUGAACCUGCUGCUGUGCCUGCAUUACAGAAUGCUACACCAGGUGCAUUUGAGCUGUCUGUGGAAGUAAGAGUGGCUUCCUCCUCUUCUGAAGUUCCUGGAAGUUCUGGUGUUCCAGCUAAAUCACCAAGCACUAUUUCAACGGCAAUGGCUAGCACGGACCAUCCAUCGUCCCAUGCGGGAGUUAGUCCUUCGGUUGCAGCUUCUAUCCAGGAUACUGAGGAUGAAAAUAAAGGAACAAGCCUUGGUGGAAAACCAAAUGUUACACCAGCAGAAGAGAAAGCGAUAGAUGAUGAAACCGUAGUAUAUGCUACCAAGCAGGAAGCCAAAAGUGCAUUCAAAGCAUUAUUAGAGUCUUCAAAUGUUGAGGCUGAUUGGACUUGGGACCAGGCUAUGAGAGUGAUAAUUAAUGACAAAAGAUAUGGUGCUCUGAAAACCCUUGGUGAACGAAAGCAAGCUUUCAAUGAGUAUUUGAUGCAACGGAAAAAAGUGGAAGCUGAGGAGAGACGUCUGAGGCAGAGAAAAGCAAAGGAGGAUUUUAUGCAGAUGCUAGAAGAAUCUGAAGAACUCACAUCAUCCACAAGAUGGAGCAAAGCAAUUACAAUGUUUGAAGACGAUAGACGGUUCAAAGCUGUUGAGUUGGAAACAGAUCGCGAGGAUCUCUUUAGAAACCAUAUAGUGGACCUGCAUAAAAAGGAGAAGGCAAAGGCUCAAGAGGAGUACCGGCGGAAUAGGCAGGAAUUUAGGCAAUUUCUUGAAUCAUGUUCAUUUAUCAAGGUGGACAGCCAAUGGCGUAAGAUUCAGGAUCAACUGGAAGAUGACGAAAGAUGCACGCGCCUUGAUAAAAUAGAUCGGCUGGAUAUUUUUCAGGAUUAUAUCCGUGACUUGGAGAAGGAGGAGGAUGAGCUGAAGAAGAGGCAAAAGGAACAAUUGAGACGCACUGAGCGAAAAAAUCGCGAUGCAUUUCGCAAGAUGAUGGAAGAGCACAUUGCUGAUGGCACUCUUACUGCUAAAACCCAUUGGCGCGAUUAUUGCCAGAAAGUCAAGGACACUGAUGCAUAUGAGGCUGUUGCCUCAAAUAUUUCUGGUUCCACCCCUAAAGAUUUGUUUGAGGAUGUUGCAGAAGAAUUGGAGAAAAAGUACGACGAAGACAAAGCACACAUAAAGGAUGCUUUGAAGCAGGAAAAGAUUACAGUUGCACCAACGUGGAACUUUGAAGACUUCAAGUCUUCAAUUGAAGAGAUCGUUGGCAGCCUCUCGAUAUCUGAUAUCAAUUUGCAGCUUGUAUAUGAGGAUCUAAUUGAUCGUGCUAAAGAGAAACAAGAGAAAGAGGCGAAGAAGCGUAAACGUCUGGCCAAGGAUUUCACUGAUAAACUGAGCACCAUUAAGGAAAUAACUGUUAUGUCUACUUGGGAUGAAUGCAAAGAACUUGUGGAGGAUAGUUCAGAGUACAGGUCCUUAGGAGAUGAAAGCUUGUGCAGGGAGAUAUUUGAUGAAUAUAUAUCUCGCUUACAAGAGAAAGCAAAGGAAAAGGAUCGCAAGCGGGAGGAUGAAAAGGCCAAAAAGGAGAAAGAGCGAGAGGAAAAAGAAAAGAGAAAGGACAAAGAUAGAAGAGAGAAAGAGAAGGACAGAGACAGGGACUGGGACCGUGAGAGGGAGAAGAAAGAUGGUUCAAGAAAGGUCGAAGAUGUCGAUAAUACGGAUAAUUUGGAAAGUUAUGGCCACAAAGACGAGAAAAGAAGGGAAAAGGACCGAGACAGAAAACAUAGGAAGCGCCGUCAGAGCUCGGUUGAUGAUGCGAGUUCUGACAGAGAUGACAAAGAGGAGACCAAAAAGUCCAGACGACAUGGCAGUGACCGUAAAAAGUCAAGAAAGCAUGUAUGUUCUCCUGAAUCAGAUAGCGACAGUAAGCACAAACGACACAAAAGGGACCACCGAAAAAGUGGUGGUCAUGAGGAGCUCGAAGAUGGUGAGCUUGGUGAAGAUGGUGAGAUCCAAUAG